UACACGGACAAACUCGUCAACGCACCGCCGGAAAUACAAUGACUUUGCGUUUUCUUGAACACAACAGUUGGCGGAAAUUCUUUAAAGGAACCGAGUAUUAGUUUUACGUCAUAAAAAGACGUAAAAAUGGCCGAAUCCAGAACUCUCUAACAAGACUUUCUACCUUCUAACAAGACUUUGUACCUUCGAAGUUCCGAUCUUUCCUGUGAAAAAGUAGACCGGCGAUUACUUUAACUGUCGACCAUGUUGUCUUUCUUGGGUUUGCGUAAAGAGCCAAAGAAGCAAACGGAGAAGGAAGCUGAUGGCGGCUUUGUUAUCAUUGGAGAAACUGUGGAAGAGCAGAGGAGGAAGAUGCAGUCAAUGAAAAUCACACAACCAUCCACAAAUGUCAUCGUCCUGCCACCAAAGUCGUGUCCAGAUCACGUUUCCACGUCCACCGCCCCCCUGACAGCUGUGUCGUCGGUGGUGGAGGCUGCCUCACCUGUACCGGACCUCCUUGGAGACGUCCCCUUCACUUUGUCCCCUGGAGUCCAGGCCAUGCAGACGGCAUUGUCUUGCAUUCCCGAUGUGCUGCUGUCCAAAGACAUGAACUCCAAACUGGCCUAUUUCCAUUAUGACUUCACUUUAGAAAAGGCAGUUCUUCAAAACGCAUAAAUCUGACUUCAUUGGGUUGAUUAUCAUAUUCGGAUUGACAUUUUAUCGAUGCUGGACUCCCUUUAUUGUUCACACAGGAGGACUGGCUUUGAAAUUGUAGUCCAUCUUGCAACAGUGUCAACUUCAGACAUGGUUAAUCUGCAUAUGCAAAAAAAAAAACACUAAUAAUAUUUUUAUAACAAAUACAAAAAAAACCUUCAGGCUCUACCUAAUCUAGUAUUCAUCCAUGCAUUACUGUACAUCAGAUGAAGUGACAGUCAAAUAGUCAACCAUUUCAUUGUCAUGACCUGCAGAUAGUAUACAAAAAAAGUAUUUGAUGCCCUUACAAAAUAUGAACAGUGCAUCAUUUUUAUGAACAGAAAAACACAAUGCAAAUAAACACAUUAGUACUUUACUUUGGACAAAACUCUGCUUUUAUGAUGACUCACUAUCAUAUGAACACACCGUGCCUUUACGCUGUAAUGUUUAGACAGUUAUUAUUAUUGAUAGCAAUAAAGUUUGGUAAUGAACUGCAA